AUAAAAAAAAAUCCCCAAUUCCUUGCUUUCUCUUCCUCCCGCUCUCUCGCUUCUUUUCGCCAUUGCUCUUUUCCUCAAAGCCCUAAUUUGCGUCUCUUCAUCGUUCUACUCUCACCAUGAAGCUCGUCAGGUUUUUGAUGAAAUUGAACAACGAAACAGUUUCUAUUGAGCUUAAGAACGGAACCAUUGUUCAUGGUACCAUUACAGGUGUUGAUGUUAGUAUGAACACUCAUUUAAAGGCUGUGAAACUCACUUUGAAAGGGAAGAAUCCAGUUACAUUAGACCACUUAAGUGUCAGGGGAAACAACAUUCGCUAUUAUAUUCUUCCAGACAGUUUGAAUCUCGAGACUUUGCUGGUUGAAGACACUCCAAGAAUCAAACCCAAAAAGCCAACUGCAGGGAAGAUCCCAGCUGGUCGAGGACGUGGGCGUGGAAGAGGUCGUGGACGUGGCCGUGGUGGACCUGGUGGUCGUUGAGCAUUUUGCAGUUACCAAAAGCUGGGUCUUCUUUUUUUUUUUUGUAACAUCAGGAUUGUAAAAGAUCUAUCUUGUAGUGAGAUGUGGUGUCAUGAAGACAGUUUCUUGCUAUCUCCAAAGUUUUCAUGAUUUUGAGAUUUGAUACGUUAUUGCCAAACUUACAGCACUCAGUUCGUUUUA